AUGCCACACAUCGGCCGACCUCCGUACACGGAAGCGCAGAUUGCCGCGAUGACCUCCAAGGAGGAGAAACUCCGUGCGAUCGCAGAGUAUCAGAGCUAUAACUUGCGCCUGAAGAAAGAGGUUGAAGCGCAAGCUGCGAGAUCCAACGGCCACGCAGGACAGGGAAACCCAGGCGCCGAAACGUAUCGCAAGCCCUACGAUUAUUCCCCCGGUCCCAAGCGUGGUGGCUACGCAAAUGGCAUUCGAGGCCGUGGUAUCUAUCAUCCAUAUUUGCGCUCGCAACCGCAUUUCAAGAACAAGACUGCCAUCUUCAACAAGUCAGAUACCGAGGGCUCAGACACAAACGACGCGAGUACAUGGCCAUCUAGCAACAAAAGCUCAAAAGUGAUCCGCCAACCAAAUUCCGAGCCUGCGACGCUUUGCCCAGCGCUCACCUCGACAGGUGUAUGCACACGCCACGCAUGCCCAUACCACCACGAUCCGAACAAACAAGCCAUCUGUAAGCGCUGGUUGUAUAAGGAUGACUGUCCAAAGGGCGAGUUCUGUCCGCUUUCGCACACCGCCACAGCUGAGAAUGCACCGACAUGUCUGCACUUCCAGGAUGGCCGAUGCAAUAAUGAUGAGUGUCGAUUCGCACAUAUUCGCGUCAACCCCGCGGCGUUGAACUGUGAGGCAUUUGGACGCUUGGGUUAUUGCGUGAAAGGGGACAAUUGUGCGGAGCUACAUGCACACGAGUGCCCCACUUUCUCCAACACUGGUGACUGCUCGUAUGGGGAUAAAUGCCGCUUAGGACAUGUUUACCGUGCAUCUCGGAUGAGAAAGACUACCAGGCCCUCAUCCGAGGCGUCUGACAAGUGUGAAGAUGAUGUGGACACGGCAAAAGAUACCCAGACUUGGGUCCCAGAUUCCAGGGAUCCUCCCACUUACAAGUCUCAGCAGUUUACUCAGCAAGCCGAUUUUGUUCCCUUAGAUGCCGACGAUUAG